AUGAUCAGCAAAUCAUUACUGUUAACAUAUCUUUACCUUCUUAUCUACAUCACUCUCUCAUCCGGAGUUAUUCUAUACAAUAAGUGGGUUCUUUCUCCAAAAUACUUCAAUUUUCCAUUUCCUAUAACACUUACAAUGAUACAUAUGGGGUUUUCCGGGGCAGUAGCAUUCUUUCUUAUCCGUGUCUUCAAGGUUGUAUCUCCAGUUAAAAUGACAUUCAACAUAUAUGCAACCUGUGUGAUUCCAAUAAGUGCCUUCUUCGCAUCAAGUCUCUGGUUUGGUAACACUGCUUACUUGCAUAUAUCUGUCGCCUUCAUCCAGAUGCUCAAGGCCCUUAUGCCAGUGGCAACAUUUGUUGUGGCUGUUUUGUGUGGUACUGAUAAAUUAAGUUUACCAGGUUACAGGCAUAUUUGCGGAAGCUUUGAGACUUGUCUUGACUCAAGUCCUUCUACAAAAGAAGGGCUUGACUCUAAACCCUAUCACAAGCUUAUAUUACAUAGCUCCUUGCAGCUUCCUCUUUCUGUUUAUACCUUGGUACUUCCUGGAAAAGCCUGGGAUGGAAAUCUCCCAAAUUCAGUUCAAUUUCUGGAUCUUUUUCUCCAAUGCCAUUUGUGCACUAUUGUUGAACUUCUCGAUUUUCUUGAAUCUAUGAUUACUGGUCUAAACAUAAUUGGCUAUGGCAUCGCAUUGUGUGGUGUAGUCCUGUACAACUAUUUGAAGGUCAAGGACGUUCGUGCAACUCAACUUGCUUCCGAAAGCAUUCCUGAAAGGAUUGCAAAGGAUUGGAAGUUAGAGAAGAAAUCCUCGGAUAUAUAUAGUCCUGAUAGCAGCAAUAAUGAUCGAGGAAGCGGUGCGUCUGAUUUUGCAGUGGAUGAAGAGGCACCCCUUGUUUCCUCAUCAAGGUUGUCUCAUAUUGGAAGAACACUGCAAAGCAAUCGCAACUUGUGA